UUUGCUAAUUAGCUGUUAGCCUAGCUUACAACUUAGCUGCUCAAUUUCCUGGUUUAUGCCUAAACUUAAAAAUAUUAAAAUAUAUCUAUAAAAAGGCUUGAUUUGGUUAUAAAUAUUGUUUAAUUCAUAUAAACUGGUUUAUCUCAUUGGGCUAAAAAUAAACCUGGAAGUGGACUAGAGCUAAUGUUAGCCACUAGCGACAGCUGCCAGUUUAUGUUACACAAACUGCCUCGUUGUUGGCAGAACGAUGGCUGAAGCAGUGGCAAAUGUGGCCCGAAGGGUUAAUGCAACAGUAGAGGAAGGCAAAGAUACCCUGGAUCUAUCCAACUGCCAGCUCAUUUCCUUCCCAGAUGGUGUGUUCAAGGUCCUGGCGACUGUCUUAGAAAACAUCUACAUCAUAACCUUGGCUAACAAUAAAUUGAAGGCCAUCUCAAGCAAUUUUUUUUCAGCUUUUACACAGCUCAGAGAACUUGACUUGCAAGACAACGUUCUUACCAAGCUGCCAGACAAGGUCGGGGAAAUGGAGCAUAUAACAAGCAUCAAUCUGGCUAAUAAUAACUUCUCAUUUUUCCCUGAGAAGCUCACUGAAAUAGCCACACUUGAGAGGAUUGAUCUUGAAGGAAAUAGCAUCACUGAAUUGCCUUUGGAGAAGUUGUGUGCCAUGCCAGCCCUGAAAUGGCUCAACGUAAAGUCCAACCCUCUGAGCUCCAGCACUCAGUCUGCUCUUCAAUCUCCAUACAACUUUGAAAUCUUGAUAACGACAGAGUGAUGGACUAUAUUACAUUUUUACACCCUGUAUGCUGUGUACCUUUAACUACUUAAGUGGAAUGAAUUUGAGGGCUUUAAAAUGCUUGGAAGGAGUGUGUUGGGGAAAAAAAGA